AUGGCGGACUGUAUCGAAGAGAGAUUCGAUGCUGCAGUAAAUGUAGUGAGAUCAAUGCCAAAAAAAGGUAUCGAUGACCUUCUAGAGAAAUUUUCCAAAAAAGCAUGAAUCAUUCACUACUUUAAGCGUGUUUUUUCUCCAUAACGACGAUAUUCUGAUUUAUAUUACAGGUUCUUACAAGCCAUCUUACGAAACGAUGUUGAAGGUACAAUAUACAAUGUUGAAGUGGGACUAAAGUCCAUUUACGAAUUCUCUUUGGCGCAUUGAUCUAACAAAGCUAUAUGAUGAUAACAUAAUGGUAGCCUUUCGAUGCUGAAAUUCGUUGUCAUGAAGCAACUGAUCGUUAAAAAAUAUGUUUUUGGUAAUUUUAUUAGCAAAUACUUCGAGUUGUUUGUUCCAAACACACGUCUGAAGUCUUCAAAAGAUUUUGUUAUUUAUUUAAAUUUUGCCAUAGCUUUGAGCUGGUGAUGACUUUGAACGGUGAAAAUAUUGGGUACUUUUUUAAUUUUACAACUUAAUGGACGAUCUCAUUUCAAAAAUUUUCAGCAAAAUUCCAGGAAUUGUAGUAAUUACGGAAAAUACGUGUGAAGUAGAAUGAAUUCGGUAGUUCUAGAAGUAAACGUACACCUGUUCGAGCUGAUCUUUUAUGUAUGUUGGUAGAUCCUGUCAUUCACUGUCAACUUUAAAGCUACAAGGUGUUUUCUCGUCGACAAUAUUGAUUUCCAUAAGCUUGCACAUGAUAGAUAAUUUUGACUACUGAUUUUGUUUACUUUUUGUCUCUUAUUUUUUAUCUUAUUUUUUUCACUUUUAGUUUUAUGCAUUUUACAAGCAAGCUAAGGAGGGAGAAUGUUGUGAAUCAAAGCCUGGAUUUUGGGAUGUUGUGAAAAAAGCAAAAUGGUAAUUUCCCUUGUACAGCAGUCAUUUUUGAAUGGAAUGCAAGGCCAGAGGAAACAAAAAUUCUGAAAUCCAGCACAGAUGCAUGUAACAUGGCUAGGACAGGGCUUUACCCAUGGAUCAAGAAUUGAGCAAGAAAAAUUACUUGCUUGGCAGGAAUAUCUCUGUGUUCUGGAUGACUUUACUUUUUUCCUAUCUCCUACCUUAGAAAUAUUUUUGUGGGGCAUAGACAAAUCAAUGUUAGGGUUUUCAAAACAGUUUGUGUGCAUUGUUUUUGUUUUUCUAAUGCUGGUGUUUGUGUGACUUGAUGUAUGAUAAAACUGUUGAUUACAAAAACCCUGAUACGACAACAAUUUUCGUUGUAUAGUAAAACUUUGCUAACUUGAACUACCUUGGGAAACAAAAAGAGAUUCAAGAAAGCAGGGCUUAAGUUAACCGAUAGAAAAAGACCAAAAAAAUUGAAUAAAAGGAUAUUGGAUCUUGUAGGAGUUAAUGGAGAAUUGUCAGUUAACAGAGCUCGAGUCAGUAGGGUUCUAAUUUAAUUUUCCUUACAGUUAAAAUAAUUUUUGUCUAGAUAAAUACUAAGUAUGUACAUGUAGUAAUAACUCUACAGGUAGAUUUGACCAGAUUUUUAUGCAGGGUAAAUUUAGUUAUCUUGACAUGCUUUCAUGUUAACACACCUAUCAGCCAAUGAUUGUGCCAACAAUACAAUUUGAUGUACAAUUUCAAGUUAGUGAUAAAGGAGUUAAACCAAUUAAUGUACAGUGAUCACAUAAUCUUGUCACCACUCCACUGCACAUCAAAUAACAAAAGGUGCUUUUGACUAAAAUCAGAAUGACAGUUAUGCACAAGAAUUUUACAUUUGCUUCUAAGAUUUGAAAGAUUUUAUUCUUUGGCUGAAUACUGAUAAGAAUGAUCAAUUCUCCAAAUAGAUUUUUACUUUAUUUUCUUUUACAGGGAGGCAUGGCAUGGCUUGGGUAAGAUGACAAAGCAAGAAGCUAUGGAAUCUUAUGUCCAUGAACUAAAACAGGUAUUAAUAGUCUUCAAACAGGUUCUUCACACCUUACAAGGGGACAGUUCCACCUGCCACGUGGCUUUUAGUGAAACCCUUGAGUCACUAGAGAACUGUCUCCAACUGUCUUUUACAUUAGUGGAUGUUUAAAAACAGUGGUACAAAAUAUUGAUCACUUGAUCAGGGACAAUGGCUGACAAGAGUCCAUCUCACAACUAGCCUUGUCUGUGAGAGUACUGUACAGAACUUACCUAUUUGGGAGGCUUAUUACCUUUUGCUAAUGAUUUAUUGCUAAAUAUGUAAUACAAUACUUAACACAUGUCGUUAGGUAAUGGAAAACUUACCAGAAGGUGAAGAAGCAGCAGAUUUUAGUGAAGUGCUGAAGACUUUUUACCAAGUAGUGUAUGAAGGCCAAGAGGAGAAACCUCCAGCAGUUCUUAAAAUCUUUGAGAAAGAAAGUGUUCCAGAAAAGAUCAAAGCAACAGGAAAAUUAAAAUCAAACUCACAUCAUACACCCCAGGAUAAAAAUGUGGUGAAUGGUUAUGGUAAUGUACACAAGGUAAAUGGAACAUGUGAAGAGUUUUCUCAUGGGGUGAAUGGAUUCCCUCACAAAGAUAGCAUGGAUAUGCAUGCACAAUUUCCACACAGGGAUAGUUUAGAACUCAGCAAGAAAGCAGGCAUGGAUUUAAAGCGACUGCAAUUUUCAAAAGCAGUUAAUCCAGUGCUUAUAAUAUCUUCGGAUGAAUUAAAAGAAUGUGAUGAGGAAGAUGAGAAUGAUGAUGAUAAUGACAGUGGAAUUCAAAAUGGAAUGUGCGAAGGUAUGUAUAUGUGACUGUAGUGAUGCAGUAGUUAAGUUUAAAUUUCACUCCAAAAAAUUUUUCUUUCUGCACUCAAUCUUUCUACACUACUGAAGUAGGAAUUAAACUACAAUAGAAAUUUCAUUCAGAAAUCCAGAAUAAUUGUCUCUUUCCCCGGGACAGAGGUGUCCCUUCAAUUGAGGUAAUGGAUAAAAAGAUUAUAUGAACAUUUUUUUGGGACAGAAGUCUGUGUCCCCUGAAUGGAUGUGUCUGCUGAUUAGAGUUGUUCCAAAUGAGAGGUGCCAUUGUAGUUUGAAAUUAUUCUGACCUGAACUGUAUUGUAAACUACAACAUACACAUGAAAGAAGUGACAUCCAGAUUCCUGGUUAUUAUGUGGUGGUCCUCUUUUUUCAACUUCUUGAUAUCAACUUUAUGAUUUUAAUUGCAGUACCACCUUUGAGACCAAGUGAUGCUGAGUCAGCAAGACCUAAAGAAAAGAGUGGAAUUAUUCUGACAAGUGAUGAAAGUGAAGAGGAUGAAUUUUGUGACUCCCUAGAUCCUGAGUGUCUGCGAAAAUUACAAAAUGGAAAUCAUGUGGACAGAGAACUGCCAGAUCUUGAUGCUGCAUUGAAAAAGGUUGAUUUGACGAAGAGAAAUAGUCCCAGCAGCUCCCCUGAACAUGUCACAAGUUCAACAAUGUCAGAAUCUGAACAUUCAGAUUUAGAGAGUGAUUUGAAAAGCUUGGAGCUUUUAACAAGUACACCAUAUGCUAAACAUGUAACUUUUGCCGUUGAUGAUACUGGAAAUAGUACAACUACUGUAGUUAAUUUGGACUUGUCCAAGGUUGAGCCUUCAGUCACUGAGGAAUGCUUUUCUGAGGUCACUCCUCUUCUGGAGAACGGACAUAGUCACGAAACUAAUGUAGAUGUGACAGAGUAUGAAUCAUAUCUACCUUUGGAUCAAGCACCUAAGAAACCAUCAGGGAUCCUUAAGUCACAUUAUUCUGUGAGAGAAUGUGGGGGAGGUGAUGCUUCUCAACAGCCAUCUGGUCGUGGUCAUGGAGGUCGAACAAGACAGUCACAAGGAACUAGAACCAAAGAAGGUAGUUAUCAUAUAGUGAUUUAAAAAAUUGUGUCAAGGUUGUAGUGAUAUUUGGUGACAUGUCUUUCCAUCAUGUGUCUUGCUAAGUGUUUAAUUUAAACUUGCUGUUUCUUGUUCUUAAAUAAAGUUUGAGUUAUCAGGAUGGCAAAUUUUCAACAAAAAUGACAUAUGAAAACAAAAAAAAUUGUCUGGUUUUUAGUUGAUUUUGUGAAAGAACUAUUAAGACUACCAUGCUACCAUUAAAUUACUGGUAGUGACGCUUUUUUUUUUUUUUUUUUUUUUCAGUAGCCUACCAUAAAACAAACAAACAAACAAAAAACAACAAUACUGCACAUAGGGUUUGAGUCAUCAGGAGUUAGCUGUGCCUUUAACAAUAUUUUCACUUUCUUUUUAACCCUUUAAAACCCAGAAGUUAUGAACUUGUAACUUUUCCCAAUAAUAUACAUACAUUAUCCAACAGGUAAUGAGGAUACUCAAACUUAUCAGGUAGAAGUUUUGUCUUGAUCCAACACCAAUUUCUCCUAACUGAUUUGCAAGGAAAUGUGUUGCAGCUAGAGGGGAGAAUAAAUGGUCAAAUUCUGUGAUCAGAUCAUGGGAGUUAAAGGGUUUAUUAACCUCAUUCAAUAAUUUAUAAAGCAACCCUAUAUUAAUCCACCAGGGACCAGCUCUAUGAGUGGAGUAAGUCGUCCAUCAAGAGGGCACAGACGAAGGAGUGACAGUGACAGUGAAGAUGAACUGACAAGUGAUCAUACAAGUGGCCCAGAUUAUGACUCAGCAGGUGACAGGGAUGAAAUCAAUGAAAGGAUCCUACAAGCUCUUGAAAGGCUUCACCAGGACAUGAAAAGUGUGCUGCGGAGACUUAACACUAUGGAGGAAGCACUCUUAUCUAGACAGGUAGGUUGUCACAUUUUGAUAAAAUGGGUUUUAUGGAUUAUUGCAGAUAAAGAGGACUUUAUUUAUUUUCUUUUCCUCCUUAUCAAAGGUCUCAAAUAAUACUUGUAUGUCCUAGGGUAUCUUACCCUUUAACCCAUAAGAGUGACGAGAAUCUAAUUUCUCCCAACAAAAUCACCCCUGAAUCAAAUAAGGUUACAAGAAUAGAGGAAACGAUCAUCAACCAAAGCAGCUCUUGAUUGUUAAACAAAUUCUCCUGGUCAGUAACUUAGGAAAUGUAUAGAGAAAAGCAUGGAGACUGGUAUACUGAUGUAAUAGGAAGUAAAGGAUAAGACUUGACUUGAGCCAUGUUCCUUGAAAUUUUGUUGGAUCCCUCACAAGUUUUGAGGGAAUUUCAAAUUACCUUUGAUAUACUUAAACUAAAAAAGGAAAUCAAACAAUUGUAUGAUGAUUCUAGCCCAAAAUUUAUUUUCAACGGCCUUAUUUUUAAGUUUUACAGAUCUCAGCAAUGAUUGAUAGAGCUCAGAAUGUUAUUACCAAUUGAUUAUUUCCCAUACAUCAAUAAAUUGUCAAGAUUACAGUUUCACUUGAAAAAAAAAAGUGCAGAAACAAUGGGAAGUAAUUUUUGUUUCUUAACAUUGUGGCUCUAAUAUUAAUAAUAAUAAAUGUCUUUAUUGCUCAUUGGAUGAAAAUACAUAUGUAAUGUUACAGGAUAAAAAGAUGCAAGGUUCAGCCAAAAAUUACAAUAGAAUAAAAUUACAAUAGAUUAGCAUAGACUCUAGCAUUGCCAAUCUAGUAAUACUAGAGGUCUGUUGUAUUGUUUAACUUUCCUUCAUAUAAAUGGUAAAUAAUUAAUCUGUGUUUAUUUCUCUAUUAGGUUGUAGAUCCUAGAUCUGAGCAGGCAUGGUGGAAAUCUUACAUUCCAUCAAAGCCUUUGAUGUUCCUCGUCUUGUGGCCUUUCAUUGUGAACAUUGUCUUUUAUUACUUCAGACGAAGGAAGGUGAGACAA